CGCCCUCCUCCAUCAGCUGGUGAUCAUUCGGCUCGUAUUUAUCUGCUCAUACACCAUCGCACUUUCCUUCAGCACAGUGCUCCACCAACACACAUUACCUUCGUCCAUCCCCGUCGCACAAUCGAUCACGCUCUGCCAAGCGCUUCUUCCGCCAUCGCCAGAGAUCAUACCACGAGGUCAUUGCGCCAUUGUCCGUGCGGAGUUCGACUCACACAUCCACGUCUUCAAAUACUCCUCCGACUGCGCUCCUUGGACAGUCUUCCAUUCUGACACACACAUCAAUCUCUCUGGACGCUUGCAUUCUCUGCAACCACAAUACACUGCUCUACGCAUCGUCGUCGUCGUCACCACCACCACACCACAACCCCACCUCCACAAUGGACUGCUUUCAAGACUUCUGCCUCCACUGUGACCGGGAUUCACCCGAUGGACCCUACUGCUCUCAGAAGUGCAAGCUUGCCGACCUGGAGCGAUCGAACUCAUCAUCACCGACCUCACCCACAUCACAAGCAGAGCGCAACUGGACACAAAUGCCUUCCAAUUACGCUGCACCCUCAUCAUCGAGCAGCCGACCUCGAUCAUCAUACUUCAUGUACUCACAACAACCAUCUCGACCCACGGAGCGACAGUUGACACCUUCAUCAUCACGAACAUCUCUGUCAUCCACCUCAUCUUACUCAACAGCUUCCGGCACCUACUCCACCGAAGCCAAGGCACAACUCAACGACUACUUCUCAUCUUUCGAUCAAGCCAAAGCCGCAAAACGACGAUCGAGCACCAGGUAAACCAGGACCCACAAUUCGCUGCUUCGGAUUUUCCUCCGAGCUGCGGACAAAGUGCAUUCUGUACUACCUCAACACUUUCUCUUCUCGGCCAACGACAUGAUCGAGCUCUCCACACUCUACCACCACAGCGGCUGUCCCGACGAACAGUACGGAAGCAAGGCCGGCGUUUCUUCUUUUUACGAACUCCAAAAAUCUUCCUCUUUGCUGUACCACUAAAAGCAUUUGAAUGGACAAUGUCAGUAACGAAACCGAAUGUACCUGGGCGAAAGUUUUUCUCUUUACCAUCUCGGACGAAUGUUUUGUUUGCUGGGCGGGGGCGCUCAAAUGGGAAACGGAACUCCAAAUGGCCGGCGAGCCAAUUGCAUGAUCUGGAACUUUUUUUUUUUUUGCGAAGCAACGGUGUUUCAAACAGAACUGGGUUCAGCAGCAGCAUAGAGGAGGGGUCCUCUCUUGCGUGUCUGGUCAUGUUUUUUUGUUGGAUGUUUGACCUGUACCCAGUACGGCGGGAACAGAAAAAACCUUGUACUGUACGCUGGGACGAAAGACGAGGGAAGGGAUCAAUGCUUGCUCAUGAGAUGUUUCAGAGCCGCGUGUCCCUUUACCAACGCAGAGGGUUCUAGGGACUUUUUUCUUUUCAGUUGCAUCAAUGCGCGCGUCGCAUCGAGGGAUGCCGUCAGCGGGAGUUUCAGCAAAACCCGUUUGACGUGCUACAGAGGAGCUUGCGAGCUCUCUCCAAGGGCAAAAAUGUUUGCUGCACCAGUAUCCGCGGAAUGCGGUCACAAAAUUUAGGUAGUUGGUCGCAAUCAAAGACAACAAAAGACCCUUUCGGC